UGUGGGUUGUCAGUUGUCAUAGCGAAGGGAAAGCCAGGAAAAGGAGGGAGGGCGAGGCAGGGGAGAGAGAGAGAGGGAGGGAGUGCACGACAGCGAGGCAGAAAAUUCGAAAGCCCUAGCAUCUCUCUCCACCAAAUUCAGCUAAAACUCGUCCUUCCGAUUUUUAGGGUUUCUGCCACGAACUCAAAAUGCAUAAAUUGGGCAGAGGGCAUCGUGACAAAGUUCAGCAGUUCAUGGCAAUAACUGGAGCAAGUGAGAAAGUAGCACUUCAGGCAUUGAAGGCCAGUGAUUGGCACCUUGAAGGGGCCUUUGAUAUAUUCUACAGCCAGCCUCAAGUUAAAGCUGUUCCUGAUUCUAGACAUCUUGAGGAGCUAUACAAUAGAUAUAAAGAUCCUUAUGUUGAUAUGAUUCUGGCAGAUGGCAUCUCUCUUCUUUGCAAUGACCUACAGGUUGAUCCUCAGGACAUUGUUAUGUUGGUUGUCUCCUGGCAUAUGAAAGCUGCCACCAUGUGUGAAUUUUCAAAGCAGGAGUUUAUAGGUGGAUUACAGUCACUGGGGGUAGAUUCACUUGAAAAGUUCCGUGAAAGGAUACAAUUUAUGCGGUCAGAACUAAAAGAUGAACAAAAGUUCCGUGAGAUAUACAACUUUGCCUUUGGCUGGGCUAAGGAAAAGGGCCAGAAAUCUUUGGCAUUGGAUACAGCUAUUGGGAUGUGGCAGUUGCUGUUUGCUGAAAAGCAUUGGCCUUUGGUUGAUCACUGGUGCCAAUUCUUGCAGGCCCGACAUAACAAAGCAAUCCCAAGGGACACCUGGUCUCAACUACUGGAAUUUGCGAGGUCAAUGCAGACAGUAGAUCCUGCUCUGUCAAACUAUGAUGCAGAAGGUGCUUGGCCCUACCUUAUAGAUGAAUUUGUUGAAUAUUUGAUUGAGAAUGGCAUUGUCCAAAAGAGCAGCUGAAAGGAGGGAAUUAAAGAUGGAUUGUUGGAGUUAAUGGUGUAUUGUAUACUAGUCUUUUGAGUGUUUUGUCUCUGCUUUCUCUGCUUAUAUUCUGGUUUUACCAUGAAAGUGAAAAGAAACACAUAAGCCAAUUAAUUCACUCCGAGUGCAAGCCAAUAUGAUUAUUGAUAAGAUGUUACAUAUAUUUAUGUUAAUAAGUGACAAGAACAUGAUGAGUGACGAAGGCACAAUGGUGAAGUUAUGGUUAAGGCAUCGGGACUUGGUGCUCUAAAGCAAUCUUCUUUUAGCAGAGUUGCCACCGA